UAUGUAUACACGAGUAAUGUUAGAAACACUCACUAUUCUUUUCCUAUCUAUGUAUUCUCUCAAUCUCUCUCUCUGUAUAUAUAUAGAUUUAUAUAGCCUCACUCCCAUUUGUAAAAUAAUUAUAAUUACAAAAGAGAAAAAAUGAAGAAAGGAGAACUAGUUUUCAUUCCUUUCCCAGGAGUAGGCCACAUCGUCUCAUCAUUAGAAAUGGCAAAGCAUCUUGUUGCUCAAGAUCAUCGUCUUUCCAUCUCAAUCCUUAUCAUAAAAAUGCCAGGCUUCGAUCCCCCGAACAAAUCCCACAUGCAAUCUCUCCUCGGCUCCAUCACCGCCAACAGCAUCAAGUUCAUCGAACUAUCGGAAGCUCAUACUGUUGACAGCACUAGUCCUACUCUCGUCCAGUUCAUCGAUUCAUUCUUAGAAAAUCGCAAACCCCACGUUCGAAACGCCGUCAAGAACCUCACCGACUCCUUUUCGAGCGAACCCGACUCGCCUACGCUGGCCGGUUUCGUCAUCGACAUGCUCUGCACUGCCAUGAUUGACGUUGCCGAGGAGUUUAGGGUCCCCUCCUACAUGUUUUUCACGUCAGGGGCCGGCUUUCUCCGGCUCAUUUAUCAUCUCGAAACCCUAAGUUCCGACCAAAACAAAGAUAUUACUGAAUAUAAAGUUGAACCAGAUGCAGAGCUCGUCGUUCCGGGUUUCGUCAACCCGGUUCCGGCCAAGGUCAUCCCCGAUGAGGUACUGAACAAGGUGUCGUGCCCCUUGAUUCUCAGUCAUUUCAGAAAUAUGAGAAAAACCAAGGGCUUUUUAGUAAAUACAUUCGUGGAGUUAGAGUCCGCCAUGAUUGAUUCCUUAACUAAAGAUAACUUGAUCCCGCCAAUCCCGCCAAUCUACCCAGUGGGACCUAUAAUAAACCCUAAUUCUAACCAAGGUCAGAAAGAAACCAACAUCGUGACGUGGCUAGACAGCCAGCCUCCAUCGUCGGUAGUGUUCCUGUGCUUCGGGAGCAGGGGAAGCUUCAGUGGGGAGCAAGUGAAAGAGAUAGCCAUGGGUUUAGAGCGGAGUGGGGUUCGGUUUCUGUGGUCCGUAAGAAAACAACCACAGAAAGGUCAGUCAACUAAGCCAGAAGAUUACGCGGAUUUCAAUGAAGUUCUUCCGGAGGGGUUUCUUGAUCGAACGGCUGAGAUUGGAAAGGUCAUAGGGUGGGCUCCACAGGUGACUGUGCUGGCUCACUCCUCAGUUGGAGGGUUCGUCUCCCAUUGUGGUUGGAACUCAAUCCUAGAGAGCUUGUGGUAUGGGGUACCAAUGGCGACGUGGCCUUUGUACGCUGAGCAACAAAUCAACGCUUUCAAGCUAGUGAAGGAGUUCAGAUUAGCAGUGGAGAUUAAGUUGGACUACCGGAGGGGUUUCAACAUUUCUGGUGAUGUUGUUGUCGUAAAAGCUGAAGAAAUUGAGGUUGGGAUUCGAAAGGUGAUGGAGUCUGAUAAUGAUAUUAGGAAGAGAGUAAAAGAAAUGAGUGAGAAGGGCCGGGAAACCUUAAUGGAAGGUGGGUCCUCAUACUCUUCCUUGUGUCGUUUUAUAAACGAUGUGAUUCAUAACAUACCUUAAAUAUCUAUGAAGUUGUCUGUGUUAGGUGACAUUUAAUUUAUAUUGUAAUAUGACUUAUGAGGUUGCAAUAUUAAUAAUGUGCAAAAAGUAAAUGAUUACCACAUACGGAAUAAAAAGACUUGCUAUUUCAUUGUAA